AGAAUCAAUCUCCAUGACAACUGCAAGUCGCCUCAGCGGAGCAUCGUGUUAUUUCUCGCAAUAAAUGCUCAUUCAGCUCGCAAGUGAUUGUUUUAACUUAUCUUUUUAUUUUGUCUUUGUCAAAUAACGGCGUGGAAUAUAUGUCAGUGUGUUAAUUGAGACAUAAAACAGAUUUUUAUUUCUGUUUUGCUAGCCAGCUAGUCGUGUAACUGUUAGCAUCGGAAUGGACCAGUAUAGUAUUCUUGGCCGGAUUGGGGAAGGAGCUCACGGGAUUGUUUUCAAAGCCAAACACAUUGAGACAGGAGAGACAGUGGCUUUGAAAAAAGUGGCCCUGCGAAGACUUGAAGAUGGCAUCCCGAACCAGGCGUUAAGAGAAAUUAAAGCCCUGCAAGAGAUUGAGGACAACCAAUAUGUUGUGAAGCUGAAGGACGUCUUCCCUCACGGCACAGGCUUUGUGCUGGUGUUCGAGUACAUGUUAUCAGAUCUGUCAGAAGUCAUAAGGAAUUCCCAGCGUCCUCUCACCGCAUCCCAGGUCAAAAGUUAUAUGAUGAUGCUGCUGAAAGGAGUGGCUUUCUGCCACGAGAACUCCAUCAUGCAUAGGGAUCUGAAGCCUGCAAACCUUCUGAUCAGCUCGACUGGUCAUCUGAAAAUCGCUGACUUUGGUCUGGCAAGGCUUUUUUCCAAUGAAGGAGAUCGUCUUUACAGUCACCAAGUGGCCACCAGAUGGUACAGAGCACCAGAACUUUUAUACGGUGCCCGAAAAUAUGACGAAGGAGUUGAUCUCUGGGCUGUGGGCUGCAUUUUCGGAGAGCUUUUGAAUAACUCUCCACUUUUCCCUGGGGAGAAUGACAUUGAACAGUUGUGUUGUGUGCUCAGAGUGCUGGGAACUCCCAACCAGAAAGUCUGGCCGGAGAUAACCGAACUACCAGACUACAACAAGAUCACAUUUAAAGAAAACCCACCCAUUCCUUUGGAGGAGAUCGUACCUGACACGUCACCACAAGCUGUAGACCUGCUGAAGAAGUUUCUGGUCUAUCCAUCCAAACAGAGGAUCAGUGCUAGACAGGCUUUGCUCCAUCCAUAUUUCUUCACGGAUCCGCUCCCGGCUCAUCAUUCAGAGCUGCCCAUUCCUCAGCGUGGAGGAAAACACUCCAGACAGCGCAUGCAGCCGCCGCACGAGUUCACCGUCGAUCGGCCUUUACACGAGAGCGUGGUGGACCCGAGUCUCAUCCAGAAGCAUGCCAUGAGCUGUUCAUGACACCCACAUGAGCAGAAAUGUCAGGGUUUGUAUUCAGUUUCACAGCAGAAAGCGGCACAUUCACGGUCAUACAUGAUCGUUUCGUUUCUAAAGGAUUAAGGGACAAAAUGAUAAAAAUGUUACAAGUUAUUUAUAUUAAAGUCUGCAUGAACUGGAAGCUGGAAGCUUUUUUUUGGUAUUGUUAUGCUGUUCCUAUAGAAACAAUAUUAAAUGUUAAAACAGUG